AUGGGGAGCGCCGGACCUGCUCGGGCGCAGUAUUGCUUCCUGUGUCUCUCCCGCCUCCCUUCUCCUCGAGCCAACGGUAGGGCGCAAUGCUGCGAGCCAGCCAAUGGCCGCGUGCCGCUGCGCCCUUCCCCGCCCGUUCCGGCCGCGCUGGGUAGCAACGGCGGUGGCGAUGGACGCCGAGGGUGGGGUUGCGGGCGCUGCUGAGCUACUACUGCCAGGAGGGCUACUUCCACCACCUGCGGGCUGCCGCGGAGGAGGCGGCUGGGGCGGCUGGGCGGUCACCCCGUAUUCCCACUUCUACCGGGCCUACGGCGCCUUGCGGACAGGUAACGCGGGGCGCGGGGGGGGAGCGGUCCUGUGCCUUCUCCGGCCUGCCUCGCACGGCAAGAUUCGCUUUUUCGGCUAUUGAAUUGAAAUAAUAUAACGUCAGCGAGGUUUGAAUGUCCUCUGUGGCGAGGAGAUCACCAGCACUUAGUGGUCCACGUACAAGCACUACGUAGUUGCAUUCCCCCACCCCAUGUACACACACUUGAAUGAUACCACUUUAGACCACUUAGUGCCAAAGUGAGGAAUGGUGAUGCUCUCUGUCUCAUCUAGUGACUCUGUGGAUGUUGGUCAGGAAAACAGUUUUCUUGGAGGGAAUCUGGUACCCAACUGUAUGCCCGUUGCAUUGUAUCACAAAGAUAAAUUUGCUGGUUCCAGCUCAUAUCUCUUCCCUUCAAUACAACUGUCCCUAACCUUGCUGUAUCCGUCUGCAUCUACAGAAAUGACCGCUAAUGCCUGUUGGGAGGAUCUUCAUAGAUAUUCACCUGCUUUGAGGUGUUUAUCUAGGUAAACCAGGUAUUUCAGGUAUGUCAUGUAAUACCAGCUAGUGGUCUGAAGUGGAGGAGGGCUGUGGAAAGUGAUUAGGAGAUUCAGGAGACUUUGAGAUGCUACAUCUUUUCCUCUGCUCCCUGAUACUUCUUGGUUUACAGUCAUGCAUUCUUAUUUUUCAAGACGUUUUUUUUUCCUGUAGAUGUUUGGAACACUUAAACAAGGCAAGUAAAAAAUCCUGGCUAUAUAAACGAACAGCCCAAUGCUCUGUAACAAAUAAUAAUGAUGGAUUUAAUUUUCAUGGUAGUUGACAGAACUAGCUCAUAACUCCUUUCAAGUUCUCUGCAUUGAAAUACUUUCUUUUUGUUUCCUGUGCCUCUUUCAAAGACUUGCAUAAACAAGUGAAAAUGAAUGAAUGAUGAAAAAAGUUAAGUAAAAGGAAUCAGGAGUCUUUGAUGCUGAUCUUGAAAGAUGUUACAGCCUAUUCUGCUCUUCUUUUCACUAGGUGACAUCCAAGAGGGUAUUCGACAACUGGAGACCAUUAAAAACAAACAGGAGGUGUCACUGUGUGCGAUGAUGGCUCUGAUUUAUGCCCACAAAAUAAGCCCUAAUCCAAAUCGUGAUGCUAUUCUAGAGUUGGAUACAAAAUGAAGGAGCAACGUAAAAUUGCCAGGACAGCAGGCUCUGUAUUUUGCUGGCUUAUUUUUGUGGCAUCUUGGUCGUGAGGACAAAGCCGUGAAUAUGUUGAUAGGAUGAUAAAAGUUUCUAAUGGUGAUAAAGAGGGGUUGAUUCUGAAAGCAUGGCUUGAUCUCACCUGUGGGAAAGAAACUCAUAUUAAAAAAGCUGUGAAGUACUUUGAUGAAGCCCUUCAGGAAGGGAAUGAUGUUUUUGCUCUCCUUGGUAAAGCACAAUAUUUUGAGGUCCGACAGAAUUAUUCAGGAGCUCUGGAAAUCGUGAACCAGAUAAUUGCAAGCUUUCCAAACUUCAUUCCUGCUUUCAUAAAGAAAAUGAAGCUACAACUAGCCUUGCAGGACUGGGAACAGACAGUUGAAACUGCACAUAGGCUAUUGCAGAAAGAUGCCCUCAAUUUAGAAGCCAUAAGAAUGGAGGCCCUGCACUUCCUAUGCAGGGAAGGAAAUAUACCCCAGGCUUCAGCUAGACUGGGUGACCUAGCUAAAGCACUGGACAAGUUAGAACCACGUAAUUCACAGCUCUUCUGUAAAAUGGCUCUAGCUUUCAGUAGAACAUGUGGCCGGAACCAACUUAUCCUUCAACAUACACAAACCUUAGUUGAAAGAGCAUUUGAUUUGACAUCUGACAAUGCAGAAUUUGCUACUGAACUUGGCUACCAAAUGAUUCUACAAGGGAAAGUGAAAGAAGCUUUAAAAUGGUACAAGACUGCUAUGACCCUUGACGAAACAAGUGUUUCUGCACUAACUGGAAUUAUCCGUUGUCAGCUAAUACAAGGGCAACUAGAAGAUGCGGAGCAGCAGUUGGAGUUUCUUAAUGAAAUUCAGCAGUCCAUUGGGAAAUCUGGGGAGCUAUCUUUCUUGCGUGCAGUCCUAGCUAUGAAAAAGCAUAAGAGACAAGAAGAAGUUACUGCCUUACUGAAUGAUGUUCUGGAUACUCACUUUUCAUCGUUGCGUGGUUUUCCCCUUGGUGUGGAGUAUUUUGAAAAACUAAACCCUGACUUCUUGCUAGAAAUUAUUAGGGAAUAUCUUAAUUUUUGCCCGGCUCAGCCUGUGUGUCAUGGGCAGUCUCCUUCAUCACUUCUCAAACACUGUGCUUCUGUUCUGGAAACUGUGGUAAAAACUGUGCCAGGUCUUCAACAAGCUAUUUUUUUAAUUGCAAAGGUGAAAUACUUAACAGGGGAUAUUGAAGCAGCCCAUAACAAUCUACAUUACUGUCUUGAAAGGAAUCCUUCUUAUGCAGAUGCACACUUACUGAUGGCCCAGGUAUAUUUGGCUCAAAACAAUACUAAACUGUGUUCUCAAUCCCUGGAACUCUGUCUGAGCUACAAUUUUGAGGUGAGAGAACAUCCUGUUUAUUACUUAAUUAAGGCCCAAACCCAAAAGAAGAUGGGUGAAUUAUCAGAAGCUAUUAAGACCUUACAGAUGGCAAGGAAUUUGCCUGGAAUGAGAAAACAUACAGCUUCCUCCAAGACCAAAGCAAAAAGAAUUGAAAUCGAUGCAAGUGAUCGUGUGUCUGUCUUCCUAGAAUUAGUAGAAGCACAUUGUUUGAAUGGAGAACUGCACGAAGCUGCUAUAGUACUGCAAGAUGCCAUUAAUGAAUUUUCUGGAACUCCUGAGGAAGUGAGAGUUAUGAUUUCAAAUGCAGAUUUGGCAGUUGCUCAAGGAGAUGUUGAACAAGCCUUGACUGUGCUCCGAAAUAUCACACCUGAACAGCCUUACUUUGUACAAGCUAAGAUAAAAAUGGCAGACACUUAUCUUCAGUACAGGAGAGAUAAGAAGUUAUAUGCUGGCUGCUAUAGAGACCUAGUAGAUAAAAUUCCAAGUGCUCAUACUCUACUUCUUCUUGGUGAUGCAUACAUGAAUAUUCAAGAGCCUGAUGAAGCCAUAGAAGUCUAUGAGCAGGCCUUGAAGAAAAAUCCAAAAGAUCCAGCUUUAGCAAGCAAAAUCGGAAAAGCCCUAACCAAAACUCAUAACUAUUCAAAGGCAAUCAGUUACUAUGAGGCUGCCUUGAGAAGUGGUCAACAGAACUUCCUUUGCUAUGAUUUGGCUGAGCUUUUAAUGAAGCUGAAGCAGUAUGAAAAGGCAGAAAUAGUACUUCAACAAGCUUUAGAUCAUGAGCCUGUUAAUGAAUUGUCUUCUAUGAUGGAAGAUGGACGUUACCAGGUUCUUCUGGCAAAAAUUUACAGCAAAAUGGAUAAGACUGAUGAAACAAUAGCUUCAUUACAACAGGCUCGGGAAUUGCAAGCCAGAAUACUUAAACGGGCUCAGAUAGAACAGCCAGAUGUGGUUCCUGCACAGAAACAGUUAGCAGCUGAAAUUUGUGCUGAGAUUGCAAAGCAUUGUACAGCCCAGCGAAACUAUGAAAAAGCAAUUAAAUUUUACAAAGAAGCACUUGUUCACUGUGAAACCGAUAAAAAGGCAAUGUUGGAACUUGCACGUUUGUAUCUUGCACAAGAUGAUACUGAUGCCUGUCAACAUCAGUGUUCCUUGUUGCUGAAGAAUGACCAAGAUAAUGAAGCAGCAACGAUGAUGAUGGCCGACCUCAUGUUCAGGAAGCAAGACUAUGAACAAGCUGUCUUUCAUUUCCAGCAGCUCCUAGAACGCAAGCCAGAUAACUAUGCAACCCUCUCACGUUUAAUUGAUCUGUUAAGAAGAGCUGGGAAGCUAGAAGAAGUCCCAAGAUUUCUUUUAAUGGCUGAAAAAUAUUCUUCCAGAACAAAGCUCGAACCAGGUUUUCACUACUGCAAAGGACUGUAUCUUUGGUAUACAGGUGAACCAAAUGAUGCACUCCGGCAUUUUAAUAAAGCUCGAAAGGACAAUGACUGGGGACAGAAUGCAGUCUAUAACAUGAUUGAAAUUUGUUUGAACCCAGACAAUGAAACUGUAGGUGGUGAAGUCUUUGAAAAUCUAGAUGCUGACAUAAGCAAUUCAACAGAGAAGCAGGAAUCCGUGCAGUUGGCUGUAAGAACAGCAGAAAAUCUUCUGAAGGAACUGAAGCCUCAGACCAGUCAGGGUCACAUUCAGCUGCGAAUCAUGGAAAAUUAUUGUCUCAUGGCAACCAAACAAAAAUCAAAUGUUGAACGAGCACUGAACACUUUUACUGAAAUAGUAGUGGCUGAGAAAGAUCAUAUACCAGCACUCUUGGGAAUGGCCACAGCCUACAUGAUCUUGAAACAGACUCCACGAGCCAGAAAUCAGUUAAAACGGAUUGCAAAAAUGAACUGGAAUCCCAUUGAUGCAGAGGAGUUUGAAAAGAGUUGGCUUCUGCUUGCAGAUAUAUAUAUUCAGUCUUCAAAAUAUGAUAUGGCAGGUGAAUUACUAAAACGAUGCCUUCGUCAUAACAGGUCCUGUUGCAAGGCUUAUGAAUACAUGGGAUACAUAAUGGAAAAGGAACAAGCAUAUAAAGAUGCAGCAAUAAAUUAUGAGAUGGCCUGGAGAUACGGAAACCAAACAAAUCCAACAAUAGGCUACAAGCUGGCUUUCAAUUACCUGAAAGGAAAGAGAUAUGUUGAUGCAAUCACUGUUUGUCAUAAGGUGCUUGAAGCACAUCCAAACUAUCCGAAGAUCAGAAAGGAAAUACUUGACAAGGCCCGUGCAUCAUUAAGAACAUGACUUUUAAAAAAAAAAAAAAUCGAAGCUUAUCAACUUGUUUGUUUAAUCUGACUUUGGAAACUAUUGCCAUGACAGUGACCAUAUCAGCACAAAUUUAUUGUGAAUAUGGAAUUCAAUUUCUGUGAAUAUGGAAUACAGUUACAUUGCAUUAGAAAUCUGGCUUAUUUCCAAGAAAAAUCUGCAGCCCUGAAAGGAACUGUAGUUACUCAGCAGAGAAUACUGCUUAUGUGUAUGGUAUAUGAAGUGUCAUCUGAAAAUAAAAAAUAACAGAAGUAAGGGCCACAAACAUCUCUAUAAAAUACUGCUGAAGUAUAUUUUGGAUAACAAGUCCAACUUGGACACUAGUGAUUUACUUCCUGGAGGUAUAUUACCCAUCUACUUCUCAAAAGUGAAUAUGCACUCCACGCUGUGGAGUACAAGUUAUAUAUAUACUAUACUGCAAGUAAUCUAUACUGCUGUGUGUUUUAAAGAAAAGAGUAAACAUAAUAAGAUAACACUUGUAUGAAUACAAGGGUGUACGGUAGUUUCUUUUCAGAGAAACGGUACAUAGGAGAUAGUGCAGUCUUAUUCUUUUGAGUUCCAGCAUUUAAAAAAGUUUUAAAGAAUGUAAUUCUGUAUUCUUUUGUCCAUUUGAAAUAGCACUCAAAACAAAAGCCUGUCCUAACCUAGUGCAGGAUUUCUGUCUUUGCUUAUUGUUGAGAUGCUGGAUCUUGGUUUAAGUAAUCUGUUCAUUCAAAAUUUCUAAAGUAUGAUUUUAUUUUUACAUAUACUGUAAAUACACUUGAGUUUUUCAAGAUUAAAGUAAUUGUAUACAUUGUUCUAAAACUUUGAUUUUUAAUGAAAUUGUAAUAUUUAAAAAUAAGAUUUUAUAUAAAUAUUUGGUAAAGGCUUUUAAAGACUAUGCAAGUUUUCUACACAGUAUUUAUUCUCUACUCAUGCUGUGUGUUAUCAACCUGUCUGUCAGAUUUCCACGGAGAAAAAUAUUUGUCAUUUUUAA